GCUAUGAAUCAUCACAACGUGGAUUUCUCACAAAAAUAUCCGUAGCGUGUCUCUGUUCGAUUUGCCCCACGUAGUAAUACCCAUAUUUUGACGCAUAGCUCAUCAAUACUAAAGACGCCAACGAAGCCCAAUCCAGAAACAAUCGAUCACCCACAUUUCCAAAUCACCCAUUUCAGACUCCAGUCGAAUCAUCCGCCCAAACGCAGUAAAAAAAAUAUUGGGCUUUGGGGAUAUUGGCUCCCAAUUGUAAACAAUGGAUAUAUCUACAAUGGACCGUGGACAAAUCACUCUUCUAGGAUCUGCUGUCUGUGUCAUGCUUACAAUGCACUUCACAAUACAGCUUCUGUCACAGCAUCUCUUUUACUGGAAGAACCCAAAGGAGCAGAAGGCCAUAAUCAUCAUCAUCCUUAUGGCUCCAAUAUAUGCCAUUGUUUCAUUUGUGGGUUUGGUGGAUAUCCAAGGAAGCAAGCCGUUCUUCAUGUUUUUGGGUUCAAUAAAGGAAUGUUACGAAGCUUUGGUGAUUGCUAAGUUCUUGGUACUUAUGUACAGUUACUUGAAAAUAUCCAUUAGCAAAAACAUAGUGCCAGAUGAAAUCAAAGGACGGGAAAUUCGCCAUUCAUUCCCAAUGACUCUUUUCCAGCCUCAUACUGUGCGUCUAAACCACAAAACCCUGAAGCUUCUCAAGUUCUGGACUUGGCAGUUUGUUGUCAUUCGCCCGAUAUGCUCCUUUUUUAUGAUAACGUUACAGAUUCUUGGAACGUAUCCCAGUUGGUUGAGCUGGACAUUCACCAUGAUUCUCAACGUUUCAGUUUCAUUGGCUCUGUAUUCAUUGGUGAUAUUUUAUCAUGUCUUUGCAAAAGAGUUGGAACCUCACAAGCCUCUUGCAAAGUUCCUGUGCAUCAAAGGAAUUGUCUUCUUCUGCUUUUGGCAGGGGAUAGUGCUGGAGAUUGUUGUCGCGCUGGGGAUCAUCAAAUCUAAUCAUUUCUGGUUGGACGUAGAACACAUUGAAGAAGCCAUUCAGAAUGUCUUGGUGUGUUUGGAGAUGGUUGUCUUUGCCGUUCUCCAGCAGUAUGCUUACCACGUUGCUCCUUACAGUGGAGAUGCCGCCACAAAAAUGGAAUCAACCAAAAAGAACGAAUGACGCGACUCUUGAAAAGAUCUCAAGCGGGGGAGAUUCCAUCACCGUGUUUAUACGCGGAUUCAUUGUGUUUUUGUACCAGUGGCAGGAGAGAAGUAUAUUAACGUAUUGUGAGUGAAUAAUAUGUCUGUGAUUUGUUCUUUAAUAUUUGUUCUUCUUCUUUUUUAAUUGUUGUUGUGUUUCAUAUGCUUGUCAACUACCCAAAGUUCUGAUAAUUUUCCACCUCAAGUGUUGUACCUCAAA